CUGUUCUUUUAAAAAGCUGCGUCCUAAGUGACGUCUCCAGGACUGGUAGGAUGGGCUUUGCAUAGAAAGUUUUUUUUCUUCCUAGCGGGUUGUUUGGGUCUGCUCUUUCGCUUUGCUGCAAAAGAAGAGCCUCGUUUCUUUUCUUGAUUCAGCUGCUGCCUCGGGCAGCCCUACGAAUUGAGGGGACGAGAUGCAAAUUCGGAUGGAUGGCAACAGUUCCCCUAAAUAAAAAACCUGCACCUGCGCUCCGUCGUGGGCUGGCGUAGGAGAGUCCCGACGCCGGCUGAGAGGUGCAGCUCUCGUCUGGGAGCAGAUCAAUCCAAAGACAAGGGCUGCUGUCUGGAUCGGAGUCAUUUUGCUUUGUCUUCCCUGCGUGCUUUGCACUGCAUUGUCUCGUAGUGAGUGAAGAUGGCUGAUGAUGUAUAAGUGGUUUCCUCUGUCACUCAGCGGAUGCUAACCAGCGCCGGUACCCAGGAACACAGUGCCAUUUGGGCUCAGGAGUUUGGGUCCUCGUGGGAGACACGAGUCCAGUGGGUUCUCAGGAGUGUUGCGUCUCGCUGCUUCACGGGGGGUCCCGGAUGGAGAUCCCUCUCAGCGGCUGCUGCAAACCGAGAGAGCCUCCCGGUCCUGCUCCAGACCUGUCUAGCCUGCAUCUCUAGUGGGUAUUGCCAUGGCGAUGGCAGCGUGGUACCACCGGGACAUCAGUCGGGUGCAGGCAGAGGACCUGCUGGCCAGGGCAGGGAGAGACGGUAGCUUCCUGGUGCGGGACAGCGAGUCAGUGCCUGGAGCCUACGCCCUCUGUCUGCUUUUCCAGCGUCAUGUCCACACUUACCGAAUCCUGCCUGACGAGGAGGGACUGCUGGCAGUUCAGACGUCCCAGGGGGUGCAGGCGAACUGUUUCCGGACGCUGGCGGACCUGGUGUUGGGGUACCAGCAGCCCCACAAGGGCCUGGUGACCCCACUGCGGUACCCCGUGCUGCGCGAGGCUGAGUCAGGGAACGAGGGCUCAGACGGUGAAGAUGAGAAGCCUGGUGUGGUCAGGAGUCAGAGCCCAGCGCAGGCCACAGCCAGCUCAGCAGCCACAGCUUCCUGCCCCAGCCUACCGGGCCCCCACCUCCUCUUCCUCCAGAGACUGCAGGACUCCUGUACUGGCAGUGUGUCGAGGGAUGUGAUUGGCCCGCUGAGCGAGUACCUGCGGAAUGAGAUGCUGCUGGACCUGGACGGGCUGCGCAAGGGGGGGUCCAGCCUGCUCUUCUUCAACAGGACACUGAGCAGUGCUUGCCAGGGUCUGCACAGUGAGAUUGACCUGACCCUUUCCAGUCUGGAGACGCUGGCCAAAGUGUUUGACCAUCCCAGCUGCCCCCUCACCUCCUCCAGGUCACAGGGUACAGGAAAGGGGGGAGACUUGGAUCUGGAUAGCCUGAUCUGUAAGAUUUCAGCCCUGUGCAGCCUGCUUUCGUCCCUGGAAAAGAAGGUGCUGAAGGCUCUGCAGGAGGCAGUGUCCAAUCACAACCUGGCCUCGCAGGCGGCCCCGCCCCCCGAGCCAGCCCCGCCCACAGCCGUCCACACCUUCCAGGUGAAGGUGGUGCACUGCGGCAGACAGGCCCUGCUGGUGGACGUGGACGCCGGCCUGCUGGUGUUUGACAAAAAGCCUGGAGUCGGCUGUGAGGAGAGAGUACCGCAUGACAAGAUUCUGCAGCUGGUGAAGCUCCAGAGCGCCCCCACCAGGCUGCGGAUGGUGCUGGCCGGCCACAGGACGUCCCAGAGGGAGAUAGUGUUCGAGAGCGCACGGAAACGGGAGGCCUUCUGCCAGCUGCUGCAGCUGAUGAAGAUGAGGCACUCCCCGCAGAGUGAGCCCGACGUCAUCUCUGUCUUCGUGGGCACCUGGAACAUGGGCGGCUCCCCGCCCCCCAGCCCUCUGCUGUCCUGGGUGUCCUGCUCCGGCCUGGGCCGAGUUCCGGACGAGUCGACGGCGGCGCUGCCUCACGAUGUCUACGCCAUCGGCACUCAGGAGAACCCGCAGGGGGAGAGGGAGUGGGCCGAGCAGCUGAAGGCCACGCUGAAGACCCUGACCCACAUCGACUACAAGAUGGUGGCGCUGCAGUCCCUGUGGAAUAUCAGGCUGGCAGUGUUUGUGAAACCAGAGCAUGAGAACCGCAUCAGCCAUGUCAGUACGGCGGGCGUGAAGACUGGCCUGGGCAACACGCUAGGGAACAAGGGCGCGGUGGGCGUUUCUUUCCACUUCAACGGCACCUCUUUUGGGUUCGUCAACUGCCACCUGACCUCCGGCAGCGAGAAAACCCUCAGGAGGAACCAGAAUCUUCAGGACAUCCUGAGGCUGCUGUCCCUGGGCGACAGGCAGCUGAGCUACUUUGACAUCAGCCUGCGGUUCACUCACCUCUUCUGGUUUGGAGAUCUCAACUAUCGCCUGGACCUGGACGUGCAGGAGAUCCUGAGGCAUGUGGCCAAGAGGGAGUUUGAGGAGCUGUUGUGUGCUGAUCAGCUGACCCGCGAGCGCCACAAGAGGAAGGCCUUCCUGCACUUCAACGAAGAAGAGAUUGCGUUUCCACCCACCUAUCGGUACGAACGGGGCUCCCGGGACUGCUACCUGUGGCAGAAGUACAAGUCUACUGGGGUUCGGAUCAACGUGCCCUCGUGGUGUGACCGUGUGCUCUGGAAAUCCUACCCAGAAACACACAUCAAGUGCACCUCCUACGGCUGUACUGAUGAUGUCAUUACCAGUGACCACUCCCCCGUCUUCGCAACAUUCCAAGUAGGAGUGACAUCACAGUUCGUCUCCAAGAAAGAUCUUGGUUCCAGUACUGAACAGGCCUGGAUUGAGCUGGAAGGCAUUGAGGCCAUCGUGAAGACAUCCAGCAAAGCCAAGUUCUUCAUUGAGUUUCAUUCCUACUGCCUGGAAGAUCUCCACCGCUCCAGCGAAAACGACACUCAGAGCUGUGAGGUGUCUGGAUUCCUGAAGCUCGGCUGGUCUUCCAAACAGCUGCCCAAGCUCAUCCCACUCCUCUCGGACAUGGAGUACCUGCAGGACCAGCACCUGCUGCUCUCCGUCAAGUCCUGCGAUGGCUUUGAGUCUUACGGUGAGUGCUGCAUUGCGCUGCGCUCGCUCAUUGGCAGCACGGCGGAGCAGUUUGAGACCUUCCUGACUCACCGCGGAGAGGAGAUGGGCUCCAUUCGGGGAAGGGUCAGAGUUCACGUUCCUAAGGACCGACUCCGCACAAGGGAGAGGAUUUAUGAGUGGUUUUGUUUUGAGAAGGACGAGAAGGGGGAGGUCAGAGGUCGACUGUCGCCUCCGAAGACCCACACUCCCAGCUUGCGUGAGCCGGCCUCCUCUGGUGGGGCUCCCAGCAGCUACACCAACCCUGCCUACUUCAUCUUCGAAGGGCUCCCCGCCUUGAGGAAGGUGGAAGAAGACCAGCUGCUCUCCGAGAGAGAGCCGCAGGCGGUGUGGUGCAGGAACUCUGUCCUGCAGCUGCCCAGAGUGUCAGUAGGAGCCAGUCUUGAUGGCAAAGCCCCGCGCAGAUCCAACUUUGCCGAGAUCGAAAUCCCGGGGUGCCUCCCCUAUUAUAAACCCCCCCGAGAGCACCAGCCCCAGACCCCCUCCUCCUAUCAGCUCUUCCCUGCCAAGGACAAGCCCGCACUGGCUUCUCCAGCAAAACCCACCCCAAACCCAAACACCCACGUCUACAAGGACCACUCCCUGUAUGAAGGCUACGGCGGCAAUGACUCACCCCUCUCCCACGAGCAGAGGAAACACUCCUACACGAGCCAUGCCAUGUGGACGAAGGGCCAGCCAGCUCUGCCCGGGGACAGUACGGAUCAGUCCAGACUGCAUCGGGGACCAGCCUCCUCCGCGCACCGGCCCCCCUCGAUCUAUUCGCUCGUGCCCCCGACACAGUCCAGAUCUCCAGCUCUUGCACCCUGGAUUGCUGGGCUCCAGACCCGCCCUUCUGGAGACCACUCCCUCACCGCCCUGCAGAUCGCCAAGUCGCUGAGCGAGGUGGACUUCCAGCCAACGGGGAGCGAGUACUCUGUGCCCAGGAGUCAAGGGAUGAAUCCUAAUUACAACAUUCCCAGAUCCUCGAGGAGUGGCAAGCACGGCUGCUUCUGGGAAAAAGAGGCGGUGGAAGCACGCGGAGCUCCUGAGACGCUCCGGGAGCUGCUCAGUGCCCUGGGCCUGCAGCGCUACCUGCUGGGCCUUAGUCUGAAUGGCUGGGAUGACCUGGAGGCUCUGAGUGGCAUCACCGACGAAGACCUGCAUGCUGCCGGCGUGAUCAAUCGCUCUCAUCGGAGGCGGAUCUUGGAGAACCUGCCAAAAAUCUGGGACUGAUUGGAAUGGGGCAGAUUGAAGUCCCACAGAACUGGAAGGAAUAACAUAACCAGGAGACUCCUGCUGUUUUUUUUCAUUGCCAGGCAUGGAUCUUUCCUGGUUUGAAGGAGAUUAAGACCUAUGACUUCACCAGCAAUACCAGAGACUGGACACCUGACAGUUCACUGGUGAUAUGUUUGCAGCCUGAAGGACUGGAGAAAUCUCCUCUUACAAUCAAACCAUUUUCUUUGAGUCUCUCAUACAGUGAGUCUCAAAAUGAAUCAUUCAAAUGCAGUGCUGGUUUUGGUUUUAAAACAGGACUGAUAAAAUUCUAAUGCGUGCUUGCUUGCUUUAUUUUUA